AUUCCAUAUCCUUAUCAGGCAAUAAAAAUAUCUCUCCUAUAAGUCUCGAACUGCACCAUUUUGUACUAAUCUAUUCGUCGUCACCUGAAGUUUAAGUGAAUAUGGAGACAUCAAUUUUCACAUUUGUUCUCCUCACUUCCUUAAUCCAAGGAAUCUAUUCGAUCAAGUGUUACGAAUGUAACAGAAGUGAUUGCUUAAAUAUUUCAACUGAAUCCGUGUAUUUAACAAAUUGUGACAGCGACCAUGUAUGUUAUUCCUUCGCUCACAAUGAUUCAGAUGGGAGAUUAGCAUCUAGAGGUUGUAUUGGAAACAGGGAUAAUUUGUGCCAGUUUUUUCAUGAAAAUUAUUCAGGCAUCAGUUGUAAAAUUUGUUCUACAGAUCUAUGCAACAAAGAACCCAUAGAGCCUUACAACACUUUUUGUUACAAAUGUGAUGAUGAUGACGCUUGUUUUGACCCUGUCCAAAACAGAGUUGAACAGGUGAGAUGUAAUGUGAAGACUUCAUUUUGCUAUUCCCAUAGGUACAAAGAUGGUGCUGGAUACAAAGUUGAGAGAGGUUGUCACCCUGGUACUAACAACAUAACCGUUUGCAACGAAUUAAGCAGAGUACGAACCUCAUCAAAUUGUUUGGCUUGUACUACAGAGACUUGUAACUACCAAAGAAUUCAGAAAACUCCUGGAAUGAGUUGCUACGAUUGCAACGACGAAAAGGAAUGCUUCCACCCAGAAAAAUAUUCUAUUCCCAUAACAACCUGCAAAUCAGAAAACGAAGCCUGUUACACUUUCCAGGCCUACCCAGAUGGUGUAAAGAAAGCUUUCAGGGGUUGUUACGAAGGCACCUCUUCGGAAGUAAGAGAAAAACUUUAUAAAAAUUUCAAAAAUAUUAACAUCUCAAGACUCUCCGUGUGUGAAGAUAGCAAUUGCAAUUCUUUGGAGCUGCCUUUGCAAUGUUACUCUUGCGGAGGAGUCAACAAUUAUGGUGGAUGUCUGGAUCCGAGUUCCAAUCCUGAUACACAAAUCAGUAACUGCGAACCAAAGGCCAACAUGACUCAAGUCUGCACUAGUUAUUAUAUCUCAGAUGCUAAGAAGGUGGUAAGGCGUUGUGCCAAUGUAGACAAAACGGUCAUUGAUGUUUGUGACCUUAUCAGUAACCAAUUCGAAGGUGGAAGCAAAAUUACACAGUGCAAUUAUUGUUCAGAAGAUCUGUGUAACAAAGACAUCAUUAAUGGUGCCUCCUUUAAUGGUUUCAGUUUUUAUACUUGCAUUGUCGGUUUCGGAGCUGUUUUGCUCACUGGACGACUCUGAAGCAUCGAUAGGUCCUUAAAAUGUAGUUGCAACAUAAAUGAAGUAAAAUUAUUUAUUAUU